CUACAUACUGACAGAGCAGCUUCAAAAUGACGCAACAGAAAACCACACCUCACAUCGGUUCCCCCAAAACAGCCUCCUCCUUUAACCAACUUUUCAUCCAGAUAAUUAAUAUUGAACUGACGUGUCUAUUCAGCUUUAUAAUACAUCCCCCUCUCCGCCCGUCUCCCACCACCAUCACCGCCAAAUUGGGAGCCUGUCUCUAUGACAACGUAGUACAGGCGGGGUUUGCCAGCUGGAGGCAGAGUCAAUCAGUCCUCAGUUGGCAUCACCGGCUCGAAACCUCCACACCGCAUCACGCCCUGAGUGGAAUGGAAGAAAAGGACAAGAAAGAGAAUGGGGAGUACACCGGAGAGAUAAAGGGUGGGCUGCGGCCUUCAAUGAAACUGGUCGUUAUGGGAAUUAUUAACCAAAAACCUAAGAACAUCGAGGUGGUUCUGUCCAGUAAGCCUCAGGAGGAGGACGCAGAGGGAGAUGUGGGACUUCAGUUAAAGGUGAGCUUCAUGGAUAAAGCCGUCCAUCGCAACGCCCGCUUGGCUGGAAAGUGGGGAAGACCUGAAACUACCCUCUCCUUCUUUCCCUUUGCAUCCGGGGAAUCCUUCAAGAUGGAGAUCGUUUGUGAGCACCAGCAGUUUCGUAUCUUGGUGGACGGACAGCCUCUGUGUGGAUUCACCCACCGCAUCUCCCGGCUCGCCUCCCUCACUGCCUUACGAGUCUUUGGAGACCUACAGCUCACCAAGGUGGCCUAGCAGCAGCUUCUCGCCUACAGAUUAACAACCUGAGGAUGUUCCGGGGACAGUGUACAACACAUACGGUUAGAAUAGAGCUACUUUUUGAGUGAAUAAAUUAACCCAUGAUGGGGAUGUGGGGAAACAAAAUUAAAAACCUGCCUCGUAAUCACGUGUCAAGACAAAGUGCCUUCACUAGAUUACCUGUUUGGGGACUUGAAGAUAAUGACUGAAUGUGACAGUCGUGCUAAAUGUCUUAAAUAAACCGAGGAAUGUGAUUUGAACCGAAAGCAAAAGUGGUCGAAGCUAUAACAUUUUCCCUUUGCACAAACGUGAUGUGUCACUGCUGUAAAAGGCGUGCUGCAUCCGUCUUUGUGCGUUUAAAAAUCUCAGACGUUUGUCUUUGAUUUCUCUGGAGUUAACCUUUGAAAGCACUUACGUUUACGAGCGCCUGCAUGAAGAUGAAUGUUUCUGAAAUCAGCUGAUUGUCAUUCUGUGCCCGACUAAGUACUGUAACAGGUGUAAUAAUGUAAAACAGUUUAGCCUACAGUAGUGCAUGCCAGUUAUACACACAGUGUGUUUGAUUUCUCUCAGUUUGCCUUCAGAUUACACACCUGGAGGGAUUAUAGGUUAUGUCACACUUUCUGUUAUUGUACUUUUAUCAGCUUGUGUACUUUUCUCCUCCCCCGAGCACUUUUUAUGUGAAUGUUUCAUAUUGGCUUUACUUCACUGCAAUAAAUCACUUUUGUUGUUA